UUUGAUUCUUAUUCUUGGUCACACCACAUACAUAGGUAAACAAAGCAUGGUCCGCAUUAAAAAUAGAUAUAUUGCAGUGCAGAUUGUGCCACAUACACCAACAAACACACUGCGCCUAAAUGACUACACGUUGAGCAAAUGCCUGCUUCAAAAUGUUGAGAAAUACUAUGGUGUUUAUGGUCUCGGCCUGAUCGAGAAUGGAUUCCGGGUAAAAUAUUGCAAUGAUCGCACCAAAAUAGCCAUCAUACGCUGUCUCCAUCGCGGUCAGCAAUUUGUUUCCAGCGUUUUGCCUCUGAUUACACUGAUUGGAGACGUGAGGGCGAAAUUCAGAACCCUCUACAUUGGAGCUACAAUAAUCCAAUGCAACAAGUUUAUAAUCAAACAUCAGAAACAAUUCCUGGAUAAGGAAAUGGGCCAGCUGACCUCCGCCAAAGAACGACAGGAUCUCUUCAAACGUGUCAUGGAAUUCGACAUGGACAGAUAACAAAUGGAUUUAAAGUCGUUCAGUGUAUAAUUAAGUAAAUAUAGUACAUGGUUUUCUUAAAGAAAA